CUCACACCACACACAAACUCGCAAACACACCCACUCUCACACAAAGACGCACACGCACAACCCACCACGGAGAGUCCACACCAAAAGCACUGUUCCGCCGCACCCACCGCUUUCCUUCCUCCGCUUUACCUUUGCCCCGAGGUUGAGUCAGUCACAGGCCUCUCUCUACUUCUGUCCUCCUUCUCUCCAAUUCUUUCUCCAUAUCUCGCCUCACUGGGCAACGACUCGCGGAACCAGUUCUCCUACCCGUCUCAUUUUCUCCCCUGCCUUCGACACAAAACACGAUUGCUGGCGCAUCCGGUUUGCUGUGACGACCCGGCGGACUUGGCCGACACCACCCACCCACACACACACACACACACACACACACACACAAGCACGCCAAAGAUAGCCGAUAGCCCGCGGACGGAAAUCGCGUGCGAGUCACGGAACACGACUACACACCACCGCUGAACCCGCCCCAAGAUGGAGGACCAGCUGGUUUCGCUUCUGGCAAGCACCCAGAGCUCCGAGCAGGGCCCCCGCCAGCAGGCCGAGAUCGAGCUCAAGCACGCCCGCGCGAAUCCGGCCUUCCCUACCUCGCUGGCCAACAUCGCCAACCACAACUCCAUCGACACUGCCAUCCGCCAGGCCGCCCUGAGCACCCUACGCCUCUUCAUCGAGAGGAACUGGAGCCCCGAGGACCGAGACGCCGGUGAGCCCACGGUCGAUAUCUCCGACGCCGCGCGCGAGCAGCUCCGGAACACCCUGCUCGAGAUCGCCCUCAGCAACGAGGACAAGAGGCUUGUGAAGAUUUCGGCAAGCUACGUGAUCGGCAAGAUCGCGUCGGCCGACUUUCCCGAACGAUGGCCCAGCCUCCUGCCGACCGUCCUGGGCGUCAUCCCCACGAGCACCGACGUGCAACUCCACGGCGCCCUCCGAGUUCUGGGCGACAUUAUCGAUGAGAGCUUGAGCGAGGAUCAGUUCUUCACUAUGGCGCGUGAUAUUGUCAAGGCUGUCACCGAAGUCGCCCUGAACGAAGGCCGGAAGCCUAACCUGCGCGCCCUCGCCAUCUCUGUCUUCCGAUCGUGCUUCGACCUCAUGGAUAUUGUCAAGGAGGACCACAUGAAGGAGGUCAAGGGCUUCGCCGAGGAAGCUCUCAAGGACUGGAACCCCUUCUUCGCCCAGGUUCUCAAGUCCCGCCUGCCCGAGGCCCCCGUCGAGCUCACCCACGGCCAGCCCGAGAGCUGGAACUCCAUCGUCGCCAUGAAGUUGCAAGUCGUCAAGACCCUUCUCAAGGUCAAGGCCGUCUUCCCCCACCUUCUCCUGCCGCACAGCACCAGCCUCUUCACGGCCGUAUGGGAAGAACUGUCGUUGCUGCAGAAGCCUCACGAGGACCUCUACAUUGGCCACGAGGCCCAGGGCCGCCUCGAAGACGCCGACAACCUGCCUUACACGCUGGAUUUCCUAAUCCUCGAGGAGCUGGAUUUCCUGAACCAAUGCUUCCGUGCCCCGCCCGUCCAGGCUGAGCUCGAGGCCCAGCUGGCCGCUCACGCCUCGGCGCAGGAGACUCCCUGGAUGGUCGACGUCAUGAAGAUGGUGGUCGGCUACUCCCGUAUCAGUCGCGAAGAGGAGGAGUUGUGGGACAUUGACUGCUCCCUCUACCUUGCCGAGGAGACCUCCGUCACCGCCAACUACACCGCCCGCACCGCCUCUGGCGACCUUCUCAUCAAGCUAGGCGAAUGGUACAGCGAGAAGGCCGUCGAGGGACUCUUUGGCUAUACAAAGACCCUCUUCCCGGGCGACGGCUCGUCGUGGAGAAGCCAGGAGGCCUCCCUUUACCUAUUCAACAUGCUCCUGAGCGACUUCCAGGACAUGGAGAAACCCAUCCCCGAGGCACUCUCCGAGGCCUACCUCGGACUUGUCGACUACGCCGUCAACCAGAACGAGCAGCCUCUGCUGAGGGCCCGCGGUUAUCUCGUUGGGGGCACCCUGGCCAGAGGUUCCCAGACCCCGCCCGCUCUUCUCGACCGCAUCAUUCAAUGCAUCACCUCCGAGGAGUCUGAGGUUGUCCAGGUGGCCUGCAUCAAGGCUGUCGAUGGCUUCAUUCGCUCUGGAAGAGUGACGGCAGAUCGCCAGGUCCCCAUCAUUAACGCUAUCGCCCAGUACAUGCAGAACAAGGAUCCUGAGGAGAUGGAGGACGCCGACGAGCUUCUCGUUACUCUUGCCGAGUCUUUGCGCGCCGCCAUUAACAUGGACACCAGAAUCGUGCUUUCCCAGGAUGUUCCCUCAGUUGACCUCCUCUUCCUGGUCGCCAAGCUCGGCGCGUCCAACUUCCAGGCCACCAUGCUUAUCUGCGAGGCCUUUGAGGAGAUUGUGCGCACCCUGUCCGACACCGCCUCUUACACUGCUCUCUGCGCCAAGAUCUUACCCACGUUGACGGCGGCUUUCAACACGGCCAAUGUCACCCAGGAUGAUCCGCUCGUGACUGUCGCCACCGAGCUGCUUACUGCCCUCGUCGAACACGGCUCGGAACCUUUGCCUGCUGGCUUCGUCGCCGCCACGCUUCCCAAGUUGAACCGCCUCCUGAUGGAGUCGAACGAGGGCGAGGUUCUCCGUCCUGGUGCCGAGUCUGUCAAGUACCUCCUGAUGCACGACCACCACCAGGUCUUUGGCUGGCAUGACGAGAGCGGUCGAUCGGGCCUAGAGGUAUGCCUCCACAUUAUCGACCGUCUGCUGGGCCCCUCUGUCGAGGAUAACUCUGCUUCUGAAGUCGGUGGUCUUGCGGCAGAGCUCGUCGAGAAGGCUGGCCAAGAGCGCCUCGGUCCUUUCUUGCCCCAGCUGCUGCAGGCUGUUGCCACCAGACUCGCAUCCGCCGAGGCUGCCCCGUUCAUCCAGUCUCUGAUACUCGUCUUUGCCCGGCUGUCUCUGGUUGGCGCCAGCGACGUUGUUGAAUUCCUUAGCCAGAUCCAGAUUCACAACAACACGGGCCUGCAGGUCGUGAUGAGCAAGUGGCUCGAGAACUCUGUCAGCUUCGCCGGCUACGACGAGAUUCGUCAGAACGUCAUUGCUCUAUCCAAGCUUUACUCUCUCAACGAUCCCCGUCUUGCCCAGACCAUGGUCAAGGGCGACUUGAUCGUCAACAGCAGCAACGAUGGCAGAAUCAUGACGCGCUCACGCGCCAAAGCCAGUCCCGACCAAUACACUGUCAUCCCUGCCUCGCUUAAGAUCCUCAAGGUCCUGAUCGAAGAGCUCCUCUCCGCCUCGGGUGCUAACGCCGCCGCCAACGCCGCGGCAUUGGCGGCCUCGGCUGAGUUCGCCGACGAGGAGAACGAGGAUGAUGGUUGGGAGGAUGAGCCCGAUACGCUCGACCUUAGCCUGGGCGGCACCAAAGCGGACCUGAUGUCCUUGAUUGAGGGAUCCGGCGCCCGCCAGCGCGACGACGAAACGCAGGCCUAUCUGACAGAGUUCUUCAUGCGCGCGGCGCGCGAGAACGUGGCUAACUUUCAGGAGUGGUAUGGCAUGCUCACCGAGGAGGAGCAGGGCAAACUCAACGAGCUCGCUAGCGCAGCGGGCCAGUAGGAAAGCGCAGCGGCCGAGCCGAGCGGUGAGGAAUCUCCGGUGACGCCGUCGACGACGAGUAUGGUUCAGCCGCAACUGCCGCCGAACUCUGCGCGGCUGAGGACGUUGAGGAAGCGAUAUUACUUUUAAUGGGCGUGCGCAAUUGCCCUCUCGUCAGCCUCUCCAAGAGGUAUAUAUAGCGUUCCGAUGUUUAGCUGGGAAUGUUCCCGGCAUGGCGAUGAAGCCCAAACACACAAAAAGGGGCAGGCACGUUGGAAUGGACAAACGAAUGGAACGAACCUUGUAGAUAGAAACUUUUUAGAAGAUGAUGGGGACAGAAGAGGGUGAGCGGAUAGCCUCGAGCUCUCGACUUUGGUUGAGAGGCUGGGCGGCGUGCAGAAUGAAUGAUGUAUGGGCAUGACUAUGCACGCGUGGCGUCAAACAAUGCUAGACAAUGGGUUAAAAUACAAAUGAGAUGAUGCUGUGCUUCAGUUUUUAGGUGUUGUAUGGAGUUCUUCAGCAUUGGAGGUUUUAGGAGUUA